CUGCUUCAAAGUCCCUAAAGUUGGGAGUCAGCGAGAGGCUGCCGCCCGCCGGGAGCAAGAGGGAAAGAACUCGGAAGGUGUAAAAGUGACCCCUGACAGACAGACUGACUGACGCGCAGACCGUCAGAAAACAUCGCCGUGGACAGCCCAUCCGCGGAGCACGUGAGGCUUCGCUAGUCUAUUGAAUGGUCGGAGGCCGAGCUGGUGAAAAAGCUCCUGGAAGAGACUCAAAGGAGACCAUAAUGUCUUUAAGGCUGCACGCAUUGCCCACCCUGCCAGGAGUCGUCAGACCAGGUUGCAGAGAGUUGCUGUGUUUGUUGGUGAUCACCGUGACUGUGAGUCCUGGUGCCUCCGGUGUGUGCCCCACUGCUUGCAUCUGUGCCACUGAUAUCGUCAGCUGCACCAACAAAAACCUCUCUAAGGUGCCAGGGAAUCUUUUCAGACUGAUUAAGAGACUGGAUCUGAGCUAUAACAGAAUUGGCCUUCUGGAUUCUGAGUGGAUUCCAGUAUCCUUUGUCAAGCUGAAUACUCUUAUUAUUCGUCAUAACAAUAUCACCAGCAUCUCUGCUGGCAGUUUUUCCACAACUCCUAAUCUAAAGUGUCUUGACUUAUCAUCCAAUAAGCUGAAGACAGUGAAAAGUGCUGUGUUCCAAGAACUGAAGGACCUGGAAGUGCUCCUGCUUUACAACAACCACCUUUCCUAUCUCGAUCCUUCUGCGUUUGGAGGGCUGUCCCAGCUGCAAAAACUCUACUUAAGUGGAAACUUUCUCACACAGUUUCCUAUGGAUUUAUAUGUUGGAAGGUUCAAGCUAGCAGAACUGAUGUUUUUAGAUGUUUCUUAUAAUCGUAUCCCCUCCAUACCAAUGCACCAUAUAAAUUUAGUGCCAGGAAAACAACUGAGAGGCAUCUACCUACAUGGAAACCCAUUUAUUUGUGACUGUUCCCUGUACUCAUUAUUAAUCUUUUGGUAUCGGAGACACUUUAGUUCCGUGAUGGAUUUUAAGAACGAUUACACUUGUCGCCUAUGGUCUGGCUCCAGGCAGUCCAGUCAGUUGCUUCUGCUCCAAGAUAGCUUUAUGAAUUGUUCUGACAGCAUCGUCAAUGGUUCCUUCCGUGCACUUGGCUUAAUUCAUGAGGCUCAGGUAGGGGAAAGACUGGUUGUUCAUUGUGACAGCAAGACUGGUGAUGGAAACACAGAUUUCGUCUGGGUUGGUCCAGAUAACAGACUGUUGGAGCCAGAAAAAGAGAUGGAAAACUUUCAUGUGUUUUACAAUGGAAGUCUGGUGAUAGAAAGCCCUCGUUUUGAGGAUGCUGGAGUAUAUUCUUGUAUUGCAAUGAAUAGGCAACGCCUGUUAAAUGAAACUGUGGAUGUCACAAUAAAUGUGGGCAAUUUCACUGUAAAUAGAUCCCAUGCUCAUGAGGCAUUUAACACAGCUUUUACCACUCUUGCUGCCUGUGUGGCCAGUAUUGUUUUGGUACUUUUGUACCUUUAUCUGACUCCAUGUCCCUGCAAGUGUAAAACUAAGAGACAGAAGAAUAUGCUAAACCAAAGCAAUGCCCAGUCAUCCAUUCUCACCCCUGGCCCUGCUAGUGAUGCCUCCACUGAUGAAAGGAAGGCAGGUGCAGGUAAAAGGGUGGUGUUUUUGGAGCCCCUGAAGGAUACUGCAGCGGGGCAGAACGGGAAAGUGAGACUCUUUGCCAGUGAGACAGUUAUAGCUGAAGGCAUCUUAAAGUCCACAAGGGUGAAAUCUGACUCGGAUUCAGUCAAUUCAGUGUUCUCAGACACACCUUUUGUGGCAUCCACCUAAUUGUGUGCCUGUAUUUGUAUGAAAUCAGAAUUUAAUCUUUCCAUAUUUAACUGUGUGGUCUGCAAAGUAAAUAGCAGCAGAAAUUGUGUCGUUUUAUUUGUUGAGAUAAAACCAAAAUGACCUCUUAAAAAAGUUAAUAGUAAAUUGAGUAAAGCACAUUGGUUCCUCCUUGUACCAGAGAAAGAUGGAGCUGUUUUCCAAAGUCUAAGUUCUAGAUGAUAGUAUCUUAGCCUUUAGCAUUACUGAUAACUUUAAAGCUGGCCCAAAAGUGAUAAAUGACUGACAUUUUUCUCUUUAUUCAGGACUCGUAAAAGAAAAAAAUGAACUCCAUGUAUUAGUAGUCUUUAAAAAUAUAUUUUGCUAACUUAAGAGGACAAAAGUCAAAUAUAGUUUUAGAGAAAAGCACUAGUAUCCCAUUUCAUUAUAUUAAAGAAAUAGAAUCAAGAAUCAAGCAACAAUUAUAAAGCAUCAAAUUAGAUUUGGGAGUUAUUCAGCCAAAAUUAUUUCAGACGUGAGUGAACUAAUUGCACUGAUCAGAUUUGCUAGAUAAUGUCACAUCCUCUAUGGGGUUCAGUAAAUAGUACAAGACUCUUUUGACUUUUGACUUUUUUACUUUUGUUUGAUUUUUUUCCUUUCUGUACCAUUUCUCCAUUCUGUAUCCUAUAGAAAAGAUCUCUGGAAAAUUUAAAGUCAUCACUGUUUGUUGACAAAGAUAUGUGUCAAUACCAAAAUGUCUGAGUAAUCUAAAGCUUUUAUUCUAGCAGGCUAUUUUUUGUUCAUUUGUUCAUAUGCUUCUGUAUAUGUAAAUCUUAAAUUAUGUGAGCUACUAAGUAGACCCUACUGUAUUGUGUUUUAGACAUUUAAAUUAAUGUAAAUAUAUGUAUUCCAUGACUUGCUGUUUUGUUUUAUCUGGCUAUUUCAGCAUGUAAAUCUAACAUGUUCUAUGUGA